AUUUUAUGAAUUAUUUUAAUGAACAGUAUUGGUGCUGAAAAUACAACAACGAAACGGAAUGAAAGAUCGCAUGAAGAGAAGGGGCUACAAGGGGGUGACAUGAGAAGUAGCCAUCUGUCCUCAAUAAAAUUUAUGUUUCUUUGCAUUUUAAUACAACUUUAUGAUCCAAAACAAACUAUGAAUCAUAUUAAGAUUGUUUAAUUCGAAAUUAGUGACCUUGUUCAUUCAUGUAAUAGAGGAUAUAUUCAUUUUGUGCUAAGCCUAUGCUUUUGUACCAGGUUUUAGCAUGUCACGCAAUCACAAGGAUAAGUAUGAAAAUACCAACCCGCGUCGCGCUCACACCAUCAUGUCAAGUGAGGAUGCAGCUGCUGGAAAGAAAUCUCAUUGGCCGGAAUUGGAGAUAACAGGGACUAUUAGAAACUUAAGCCCAAAUUUGUGGCAUCUUACACACCUGACAUCGUUGUACCUGAAUGACAACUGCCUUUCACGAAUCCCGCCGGACAUCUCGAGACUGGUCAACUUACGUACCCUUGACUUGUCCAGUAACAAGCUGCGUAGCCUGCCAGCUGAACUCGGAGAACUCAUCUACCUCAGGGAACUCCAUUUGAACAACAACCAUCUUCGGGUUCUCCCAUACGAAUUGGGAAAGUUAUUCCAGCUUCAUAUAUUGGGUCUGCAGGGAAAUCCACUUACCAAGGAGAUUCUUACAUUGUACGGUGAACCCAACGGAACCCACAAACUCCUCACUUAUAUGCUGGACAACUUGCAAGUGACAGCAUCAAAUCCUCCACAGCGGCCAUGGAUUCCACUCACCCGGCCGAAUAGGACGAGACCUACGUGUAUAUUCACGGUGAUGUGUUACAACGUUCUGUGCGAUAAGUACGCUACCCGGCAGAUGUACGGAUAUUGUCCCAGUUGGGCCCUUGAGUGGGAAUACAGGAAAAAGGGUAUUUUGGACGAAAUCCGUCAUUAUGCUGCGGAUAUAAUCAGUCUCCAGGAAGUGGAAACGAGUCAAUUCUAUAAUUUUUUUCUGCCAGAGUUAAAGAGGGUCGGCUAUGAUGGUAUUUUUUCCCCGAAGUCCCGGGCCAAAACAAUGGCGGAGAACGAAAGGAAGUUUGUCGACGGAUGCGCUAUCUUCUACAGCACGGCGAAAUUCUCACUUAUCAAGGAACAUCUGGUAGAAUUCAACCAACUGGCGAUGGCAAAUGCCGAAGGUUCAGAUAACAUGUUGAAUAGAGUUAUGCCAAAGGACAACAUCGGGCUUGCAGCACUGCUUAAAACCAAAGAGGCGGCCUGGGACAACGGACUUCCACCAGACGUGAGCCAAGUUCACCAGCCCAUCUUGGUCUGUACUGCUCAUAUUCAUUGGGAUCCGGAGUUCUGUGAUGUCAAGUUAAUCCAGACCAUGAUGUUGUCCAAUGAGUUGCGUAGUAUUUUAGAAGAGGCGAGUCACAGUUUUCGUCCAGGGCACAAACCCGACACAAAUAAUAUCCAGUUAUUGUUAUGUGGAGAUUUCAACUCAUUACCUGAUUCAGGAGUGAUUGAAUUCCUGACUUCGGGGCGCGUACCUGCAGACCACAAAGACUUCAAGUCCCUUGCCUAUAAGUCUUGCCUGCAAAAGAUCUCAGGCUGUGACAAACCAAAUGAGUUCACACAUUCCUUCAAGCUGGCAUCAGCAUACAGUGAAGACAUUAUGCCGUUCACCAACUACACGUUUGAUUUUAAGGGUAUUAUAGAUUAUAUCUUCUACUCGAAACAGAGCAUGACUCCUUUGGGUUUGCUUGGACCGUUAGCUACUGAAUGGCUUAGGGAGAACAAAGUGGUAGGAUGUCCGCAUCCACAUGUUCCAUCAGAUCAUUUUCCUCUUCUGGUAGAAUUGGAAAUGACGCCCACAGUGCCUGCUUCUUCCAAUGGACUGAUCCCACGAAGGUAGCAGCAGGGGAGGGUGCUCCAAGGUAGCACUGGAAACAGAAAGCACGCUCGCAACCCCAGAGACUGAGUGAGCAGCAGUCAUGCUCAUUGAGGCAGCUUUAACUUCAUCAAUCAACCUUUGACAGGCUGCAUUCAGAAAACUUCUGUUUUUGACAUAGAUUCUUUAAUUUAAGUGGUCUAAAAGUGUACAAAGUAGUUUUGAUUUAUGUUGUAUACCAGUAAAGUGGCAUAUUGUUAUAUUUUGUAUUGCUUCUUCCUCUCUUCAGCAGUUCCAUAGUUUUAGGCAAAGAAACAAUAUCUGUUUGCUGUAGAAUGUGAUGUACUGGCGGCUUUGGAACAGUAGAAAAAUAUGACUUUGUUUACAAUUUUGGGUCAUGUUUGUUAUCAAGGAUGCUCUCCACUUUGCUUACAGGUAAUGUACACUAUGUCUUCAAUUAAACAGUGAUAUGACAGUUUGUAUUUAUUAAGGCUGAAAAAACUUCUAGUGAAUCUCUGAUCACAACCUUAAUUGAAUCUUGUUAAUAAAUUGCAGUUUCUGAAUCCACACAGCCUUAUUCAUCCAUCAUCGAAAAUCAGUGUUAAGUGACACAGCAUAAUGUGAUGGACAGUUUUUUAAACAAAAGUAAUGUAUUUAAGUAUAUAAUUAUAUUAUUAAUUGAACUUCUGGGUGAUUGAUGCUGUGUAUGAAAUUUUGGUGAAAGGAUGAAAGUAUAAACAAGAUCAUUAUCACUUUGAACCUAUGUUGCUCAUUAUAAAUGGUAUCAAUGAAGAUAUUGAAUUUAAAAAUGUAAGAUGUAGAGAAGUAUCAAAUUUAUAUACUUAGAUGUGUAAAAGGAGCCUGAAAUGUGUGAAGUACGUAAAAUGUUGAUUAUAGUUUUGCACUUUGCCAAUAGCAAUAUUGAAACAGUGUGAUGACGUAGAUGUCCAAAAUUUAGGUGAUCAACUUCUGUAAAUGAACCCUAUAUCAUACAUUGGUCAUUUGAGCUUAUGUACACCACCAUUCAGUUGAACUUGGUUAGAGGAGUACUGGCAGUAAUUAGAUAUAAUUUUAAAACAAUACAUCUCUCACAGAAUAAAGCAUUCUCCAUGAGCAGUGCAGUUUUUUGGCAUUCUUACUUAUUGUUAUGAGUUAUACUUUUUGUCCAUUACGAAUAAUUUACAAAAAUUUAUUUCGUUAACAUUUGUUCUGUUAUCGAAGACUGAUUUAUAUAUCAUUUUGUUGCCAUGUAUUUUUUCUUCAGCUCUAUUUAGAUAGUUCCUUCUGCCUAUGUUAACAAGCAUGUUCAUGAUCAAAUUAUGCAUUUAAGGGAUGCAAAUGUAAGUUUUAUAUCAUAAUAUAAUGUAUUUAAAACUUACAGUUCAACUAUCUGUAGGGGAUGCCUUGAAAGUAGCCAAUUUGCAGUGAUCAGUUUCACCUGGUUCCUUGUUUCCACAUGACUGUUGUCAACCAAAAUAAUUUGUUUAUCUUCAAGACUUUUCAUAUCUUCAACCUAUAUUUCUGUAUUUAGUUUUGACAGUUCAUUUUUGGUACGAUUUCUGAAAUGUGUUUUAUGGCUUUUCAUUUUUGAACGAAAGUCAGUUGAAAUAACAUUUUAAAGUCUACAUAGAUGCCAUUUAUUUUAAAAUUCUUCAAUUUUUUUUCCAUUAUAAUCACAGGAAGUGUUACAUAUUAGUUGAUACAUAUCCAGAACUUUGUUUCCAUACAUGACAAAAAUAUGCUUGUCUGAAAUAAUAUGGAAACUGGGUGAAAACUGAUUUUCAGGUCUUUUAGUAUUUCAGACUGCUUCUCUGUUGGUAUCUUGCUGGAGGUGGUAUCCUUCAUAUUUUUAAAAACACAUUUCUUACUUUUACUAGAUUUCUUGUGGAUGAAUGACGCAUGUCACCCCUUGAUUUGUUAAGAUAAGGAAUAACUGCACAGUUUAUUAUUAAAGUAAUUAUAUCUGUUAUGACCAUGGUCAUGGAUGAAAUCUUUUGGAAGGUUUUUCAACUUUGCUUCAGGAUUGACAUUCUGACUAGCUAUAUCAUUUGCUGACAUUGUCUUUUUUUUAAUAUAAGGCGUAAAGAAGUUUACUGACAUUUCUAUAAUCCUAAUGUAGUACAAUAGUUUUCUUAUGUUUUCCAAACUCUCUCUGUAUAGUUGUAAAUUUGUGUUUCCAAGAAUUAUAGAAAUAGGUAGAUGUGAAAGAAUCACCAACAUUGUACUCUAACAUAAAGUGGGGUGAAAAUUCAGUGCAUUAAUUUAGAUUUGAAUAAUGAAUUGGUUUACACUGCCAUUGAUAUAUGACAACAAACAGGAAGAGCCAGUUUGAAGCACAUUUUCAAAUGCACCAUGAUGCAUUACUAUUAUUAUCACCACCACUACCCUCAUCAUCAGUACUACACUAUUACUAUUGCAUUAUGUCUAAUUUCAGUGAUUUUUCUGUGCAAUAUUGUGCUGGCCCUGUUGCAGGUCUCUUUCACAGUUGCUGGUAUAGCAUGCACACUGAUAAUUUUCCUUUGCCCUACAGUUUUUCAUUAUCUGGAUACAUAGUCAUGUGACUCAUAGGCAAAUAUAUCAUAUUAUCACACUGUUUUGACAUAGUGGUCUUUGUCUUUUGCACUAAAAAAUUAUGAUUUCCCACUCAUUAAAUUAUUUAUAUUCCAUUGCACAAAUUUAUUCAAGUACAGACUUAAAUGAGGGAGAUUUAUGUAUGAGAAAAGUUGUGUGAAAAAAUUAACCCCAGUCUGUUUCUUAUAUCAGAUCAUAAAUUGUAAUUUGUUCAUUACUAGGCAUUUCACUGUUAUACAUGUCCAUAAUUUUUCUUAAAAUAUAAAUUGUUCUAAAAUCUAUAAAGUGAAGCUUUCGCAGUGACUGAAGUUGAAAGACUCUCGGGUUGCAAGCUAUGUCAGGUGGCUGAAUGGUGAAUAAACCAUAUCUUAUGCCAAUGUUUUAAGAACAAUCUCUGCUCUUAUCCUCAGGGCUGUUGGGUAACCAGUCAGUUCCUUUGUUGAGUGCUCACUGAUGGGAAACAGAGAUUGUUCUCGAAAUGUUGGCAGAAGAUAUGGUUUAUUCACCAUUCAGCCACCUGACAUGGCUUGUAACCCGAGAGUGUUCUAAAAUGUUUUACAAUGUUAUUUGAUUUUCAGUGAACUGUGGUCUGUAAACCAUUCUUAUUAGGAAAUACACAACAUUAUUAUUAUUAUUAUCUAGUGUUCUGUCUGACGACAGGUCCAUUCUUCUGCCCAAAAAUAGUUCACCAGUUUUUCCAAUUCUCAGCUUCUCGGUUUAAUUCCUGAAAUUUUGCAUAUACUUAAUUAAAUGUUAAUUAAUUAUUUUGACUUGAAACAUUUGUCUGCUGAAGGGCAGAACUAUUAAUAUUUGUGUACAGUACUUAUUAGUCAUAUAUAAAAAUUGUAUUAAUAUUCCAUAGACCCAGUUAUGUCUUCAGAUGAGUGAGAAAAUAUAAUAUGAGAGUGAAAUAAAUUCCUGUUAUAAAUUUUUUUACUUAUAGAUGCAAAAUUAAAUACGAAUGUUAUGUAAGAGCACUUUGUGAAUUAAAUUCAUAGGCAUGUGUUUAUUCAAAAGUAAGAGUUAUGUUUGUUAGCCAUUUAACAAGUGCUCAGGUCAACUGGUCUUUCUUUAGUUUAUAUUAUGUUACCUCACAGAUAAUUUUAAUUUGAUUUUAGAAUCCUGCAUCAGGUUCCCCCUGAUGGCUUACACAUGUGAUGGUAACUGGAAAGCAGUGGAAUGUAUAGUAGGAUUUGAGGCUCUCAUGGCCGCAGAUGUGAAUAUGGCUGUCUUCUGGGUUGUACUGCCAUGUAGUCUGGUAAACGUAUAUGGUCAUUCUUAAGGUCCUCCAUCAUCAGGACAUUGAUAUACCUCCGUAACAUUGGUAAACUUACACCAGACUAAAUGGCUCUGUAUCGCUGAAGACGGCCAUCUUCAAUAAAAUCCAUACUUCAGAAGUAUUCACAGCCUUUGGCCGUUGUGGAUGUUGGUGUUAUUUCAUGUUUACGUACUAGUCUCUUGGUUGAUAUUACCUCAUUGUGGUAGAAUUUGUGCAAUUAAUGACUAAUUUUGAAUUCAUUUGGAAAGUUGUAAUAUAGUCAUAUGUAUGGCUUUUUAUUUAUGAAUAUUUUGAGACUAUGAAAAGUGUGAUUAUGCAUCCAGUUUUCUUUAAUAUGGUACCAGUAACAGAUUCAUGUCAGGUACUGCAGGCAAGGUAGUUAAGGGCUUAAAAAUUGAACUUGCAGAAAGAGUAUACCAAUAUUCAUAUUUGAUUUGAUCUCGGUGGUUUAGAAACAGUGAGAACAAUUGUAAUGUAGUGUUGAAUUCCGUAAGGUAAAUACGGUGGUGAUGCCUGCCAUUUUUCCAAAUACACACUAAUACAAUGACAGAUUAUCUAUAACACAGCAGUAGUGGGUUCUCUGCUAUGUCUGAUCUUGUCUACUCUGUAAACUGAUUUCAUAAUAAGCUCAUUGUAGUUUGUGUUGUGUAGGAUUUGUAGUUUUCUCAUAGGAGGAGGAAUAAAUUGGAAGGGAACUGUUACAAUUUGUGUGCGCGCGCGAGUGUAUGUGAUUUUCUGAGCAAAGAUGUGUUAUGUAUGAGAUGGUGAACAUGAAUUGUGGUUAAUAUACACUUCGGCUUUUUUGGUCCGAGCUGCUUAUUUACCAUAA